CUACAUAAGUGAUAGGCUAUACGUAAAAUUUAUUUCUUUUAUUUUCAGUUUUCACAUUAAGUGCGUGCUUGUUGUAAACUUUUAACUUUAUAAGUUUAAGGUACCAAAAAAAUUCAAAAUGGUUAUGCCAGGAAUGAGUAUAGAAAGCUUAAAAAAACACAAGUCCUUAAUCCCAUUAUUUGUUUGUCUGGGUGCUGGUAUGGUUGGUGCUGGUUUUUAUUUGACUCGACUAGCAAUGAAAAACCCUGAAGUGACAUGGCAUCCUAAGAAAAAUCAAGAGCCAUGGGAAGAAUAUAAACAAAAAACUUACAAAUUUUAUUCUUCAAGCUCAGAACCUCCAGUAAGUCCAGCUCCUAAAUAUUAGUAUUUCACUAAUCAACAUCGAUAAUGUUUGAUGGGUUAUGUAAAAUUAACAUAGUGUUAUGAAUAUUUUUGCCGUGUUAUCUAUAUUAAAUA